CUCCCCCUCCUCCUCCUUCUCCUCCUCGCAGGGCAAAGAUAUCUCAUCACCUCCACGGGAGCCUUGUACAUCUUGGACGUGCUGCCCGAGGAUGGGCUGAACAACUACCGCUGCACCACGCGCCACCGCUACACGGGCGAGACACGGCAGAGCAACAGCGCGCGCCUCAUCGUGUCCGACCCCAACAAUGCCGAGCCGGGCAUCCUGGAUGGCUUCGACCGGCGCGAGGUCAUGAUCAACCAGCGGGUGGAGCUGCCCUGCAAGGCGUCGGGCUUCCCUCCGCCUAAGCACCGCUGGCUGAAGGACAACAGCCCCCUGGAGCCCGAUAGCCGAUUCCGCCAAACCAUCAUGGGCCUGCUGAUCGAGAGCUCCCAGCCCAGCGACUCCGGCACAUACGUGUGCGAGGUGUGGAACACCUACGGCAACGCCGAGGUCAUGGGACACCUGGUGGUCAAACAGCCCCUGAAGGCCGUCAUCAGCCCCCGCAAGGUGAAGGGCAGCGUGGGCAGCAAAGUGUCCCUGUCCUGCAGCGUGAGCGGCUCGGACGAGUACGAGCUGUCCUGGUACCGCAACGGGGAGAUCAUCUACCCGGGCAACAACGUGCGCAUCACGGGCAUCAACCACGAGAACCUCAUCAUGGAGGGCAUGGCCAAGAGCGACGGCGGGGCCUACCAGUGUUUCGCCCGCAGGGGCAAGAUGUCCGCCCAGGACUUUGUGCAGGUCAUCCUUGAAGACGGCACGCCCAAGAUCCUGGCGUCGUUCAGCGAGAAGGUGGUUAACCCCAGCGAGCCCGUCUUCCUGGCCUGCAACGUGAAGGGCACGCCACCGCCCAGCUGCACCUGGUCGCUGGACGACGACCCCGUCAUCAAGGACGGCCACCACCACCUGGGCCACUACGAGACCCACGAGGGCCACGUGGUCAGCCAGCUGAACGUCACGCACACGCAGGUGCAGGACGGCGGGCUGUACCGCUGCGCGUGCGCCAACUCCGCCGGGGCCGUGCACCACCAGGCUCGCAUAAACGUAAGAGGCCGUGCCAGCAUCCGACCGAUGAAGAACAUCACAGCCAUCGCAGGGCGGGACGCCUUUGUGCACUGCCGCGUGAUUGGCUACCCCUACUACUCCAUCAAGUGGUACAAGAACUCUGCGCUGCUGCCCUUCAACCACCGCCAGAGGGCCUUCGAGAACAACGGCACGCUGAAGCUGUCCAACGUGCAGCAGGUGGACGCUGGGGAGUACAACUGCAAGGUCAUGGUGCAGCCCAACAAGAUGGACUCCCAGAGCGUCCACCUCCGUGUGAGAGUUUUGCCCUCCCCAGUCCCGGCCAUGAUCACGUCGUACCCCAACACCACGCUGGCCACUCAGGGCGAGGAGAAGAAGAUGAGCUGCACGGCGCACGGCGAGAAGCCCAUCAUGGUGCGCUGGGAGAAGGAGGAGCGCAUCAUCAACCCGGAGACCAGCCGCUACGUGGUCACCGUCAAGGAGGUGGCCGACGAGGUCAUCUCCACCCUGGUGAUCAUGCCUACAGUCCGUGAGGACUCCGGAUUCUUCUCCUGCCAUGCAAUCAACUCCUUCGGGGAGGACCGGGGCAUCAUCCAGCUCACAGUGCAGGAACCACCGGACCCCCCUGAGGUGGAGAUCCGAGAGGUCAGAGAUCGGACCAUCGCUCUUCGCUGGACUAUGGGCUUUGACGGUAACAGCCCAAUCACAGGAUAUGACAUCGAGUGCAAGAACAAAUCAGCAUCAUGGCUAUCAGCACAGGUAACCAAAGACGUGUCACCCCAGCUUAACCAGGCCACCAUCAUCGACCUGCACCCUUCCUCCACCUACAACAUCCGCAUGGUCGCCAAGAACAUCAUCGGCAACAGUAACCCCAGCAAUGAGCUGACCAUCACCACAGACGAAGCAGCCCCUGACGGCCCCCCACAGGACGUCCUUCUGGAGCCCACCUCCCCGCAGAGCAUCAAAGUCAGCUGGAAGCCGCCGCCGAGACACCUGCAGAACGGUGUGAUCCGGGGCUACCAGGUGGGCUACAGGGAGUACAGCCCCGGGGGCAACCACCAGUUCACCAUCAUCAGCAUGGACACCACCGGGGACACCAUGGAGAGCAUCCUGCUGGACAACCUCAAGAAGUUCACCCAGUACAGCGUGGUGGUGCAGGCGGCCAACCGGGCCGGCACGGGGCCCUCCUCCCAGCAGGUGGUCACCAAGACCCUGGAGGAUGUGCCCUCCCGGCCCCCCGAGAACGUGCUGGCCGUGGCCAAGUCCCCCGAGGUCAUCUCCCUGUCCUGGAUGACCCUUCCCCGGGAGGCCCUCAACGGCAACCUGCAGGGCUACCGGGUCAUCUACUGGGCCAACCUGCCAGAUGGAGAGCUGGGCGAGAUCCGCAACGUGACCACGGCCCAGCCCUCCCUGGAGCUGGACUACCUGGAGAAGUACACCAACUACAGCAUCCAGGUGCUGGCCUUCACCCGGGCUGGGGACGGGGUCCGCAGCGAGCAGAUCUACGUCCGCACCAAAGAGGACGUUCCUGGACCCCCUGCCGGGGUGAAGGCCGCUGCCUCCACCAGCUCCGUGGUGUUCGUGUCCUGGCUCCCGCCGCUGAAGCUCAACGGCAUCAUCAGGAAGUACAUCGUGUUCUGCUCAAACCUCCACCCCAUGGUGAUGAGCGAGUUCGAGGCCUCUCCGACCGUCUAUUUCUACAGAAUCCCUAACCUGGCCCGCAACAGGCAGUACAGCAUUUGGGUGGUGGCAGUGACCGCUGCCGGCCACGGCAACAACAGCGAGAAGAUCACCGUGGAGCCCCUGGCCAAUGCUCCGGCCCGCAUCCUGACCUUCAACGGUACAGUGACCACACCCUGGAUGAAGGACAUCGUCCUCCCCUGUAAGGCCGUGGGAGACCCCCCUCCCACCAUCAAGUGGCUCAAGGGAAACACGAACGGGACACCUAGUCCUGUCCUGGUGGACGGACGUAGGAGCGUCCACGUCAACGGUAGCUUCAUCAUUCGCACUGUGAAAGCUGAGGAUUCUGGGAACUACAGCUGUGUGGCCAGCAACAAUUGGGGCUCAGAUGAAAUCACGCUUAACCUGCAGGUUCAAGUCCCCCCUGACCAGCCACGCCUUACCGUUACCAAGACAACCACUACAUCCAUCACGCUGUCUUGGAUACCGGGGGACAAUGGAGGGAGCUCCAUUAGAGGUUACAUCCUGCAGUACUCCGAGGACAACAGUGAGCAGUGGGGCAGCUUUCCCAUCAGCCCCAGCGAACGUUCGUACCGCCUUGAGAACCUCAAGUGUGGCACCUGGUACAAGUUCACGCUCACGGCCCAGAAUGCCGUGGGGCCGGGGCGGAUCAGUGAGAUCAUCGAGGCCAAGACUCAUGGGAAAGAACCCCAGUUUGCCAAAGAACACGAGCUCUUCACCAGCAUCAACUCCACCAGGGUCCGGCUCAACCUGAUUGGCUGGAACAACGGCGGCUGCCCAAUCACGUCCUUCAUCCUGGAGUACCGCGCGGUGGACUCGGCCACGUGGACCACGGCGCAGCGCACCUCGCUCACCAAGAGCUACAUCCUGUACGACCUGCUGGAGGCCACCUGGUACGAGCUGCAGAUGAAGGUCACCAACAGCGCCGGCUCGGCCGAGAAGAGGAUCACCUUCGCCACGCUCAACCCAGACGGAAGUACAAUCCCCCCACUGCUGAACACGGGGGACCCCAUCUCGGUCAACAUGUCUGGGAGCGGGGGCCUGAAAAUGGUGGUGACCAUCACGUCCAUUUUGGUGGUGGUGGUGCUGGCCUUCAUCAUGCUGAUGGUGCUGAAGAGGAGGAGGAGGGAGCAGAGGCUGAAGAGACUCAGAGAUGCCAAAAGCCUGGCAGAAAUGCUGAUGAGUAAGAACACCCGGACCCCCGACACGGUGAACAAACAGCAGCAGACGUUACGAAUGCACAUCGACAUCCCCCGAGCGCAGCUGCUCAUCGAGGAGAGAGACACAAUGGAGACAAUCGACGACCGGUCCACAGUGCUGUUAACCGACAAUGAUUUUGGCGAGACCAAUAAGCAGAAGUCCUCCACAGUGACCCACACGGUCCACUACCAGUCCCUGUCCCAGGCCACGGGGCCCCUGGUGGACGUGUCCGACGCCAGGCCAGGAACCAAUCCCACUGCCAGACGCACUGCCAAAGCCGGGCCUGCCGCGGCCCGCAGCCGCUACGCCAGCCAGUGGACCCUGAACCGCCCGCACCCCACCAGCUCCUCCCACACCCUGACCACCGACUGGAGGCUGCCCACGCCCCGCGCCACCGGCUCCGUGGACAAGGAGAGCGACAGCUACAGCGUCAGCCCCUCCCAGGACACGGACCGCGCCCGCAGCAGCAUGGUGUCCACGGAGAGCGCGUCCUCCACCUACGAGGAGCUGGCGCGCGCCUACGAGCACGCCAAGAUGGAGGAGCAGCUGCGGCACGCCAAGUUCACCAUCACCGAGUGCUUCAUCUCGGACACGUCGUCGGAGCAGAUGACGGCGGGCACCAACGACUACACGGACAGCGUGGCGUCCAGCACGCCGUCCGAGUCGGGCAUCUGCCGCUUCACCGCCUCGCCGCCCAAGCCCCAGGACGUCAGCCGCGUCAUCAACAUGGCGGCGCCCAAGGCGCACAGGCCAGGUGGGGGCGCGCGCACACACACGCACGCACGCACGCACGCACGCACGCACGCACGCACGCACGCACGCACGCACGCACGCACGCACGCACGCACGCACGCACGCACGCACGCACGCACGCACGCACGCACGCACGCACGCACGCACGCACGCACGCACGCACGCACGCAUGCAGGCAAGAGCAUAAGCACGCCAUGCAGGCACGCACGCACACACAGACACGCACAUGUAGGCAACAGCACGCACACACGCAUAGACAUACAAACAGACAUACAUGUAUUACACACACACACACACAUAUAAACACACAAUCACACGCACACAUAUCUAUGCACAAACAUAAAAACACACACGCAAUCAUACACACACAUGUACAAACAAACACACACACACAAACACAAAGACAUACAAGCAGACACACACACACACACACACACACACACAAACACAUGCAAACAGAAACUAACACACAUACACACGCACACUGAGAGCCAUACGUGAAUCUGCAUUGACCCUGAUGACCUAUUGACAAUGUGUCGAUGGUAAGCUCCGUUGGGGCCGGUCGUCUACCCCAACAGAAACUAUCGGAGAAAGAUAAAUCAAUGUCCCAUUAAUUAAAGUCGUUGAAAAAGUUACUUUUUGAUGAGAAUCAUUUAUUUAAGAAAAGUGUGCGUAUAGGAUUAUGCUGACGACAGCACUAACUCGUUUCACACGAAUUCUGGAUCACAACUGCAAGCAUUAUCCUAUCAAACCAAACAGAACACAGAAGUGUUUCCUAAUGGCCUGUUUACCACGGGGAAAACACUUAAUUAUCGGCCGCUGCAAACCAAACUU